AGAUGUAGUUUGACUUCUCAGCAGGAAGGACGUGCUUGAUAAAAUAACUGCGAUUAUGUGAUUUAUUUUUGUGAAAUAAAAAAAAUUUUAUAAAUUAUUUUGUGCUAAAUUUUGAACAAAAUGUGGUUCACACGUUUUUUUUAUAUUUUAAUUUUUGUGGUGGCCGUUAAUUCAACACCGCCUAUAAGUUUUGAAGCUAAUCCAGAUACAAAACGCCUCUACGAUGACUUGCUUAGCAAUUAUAAUCGCCUGAUACGUCCAGUGGUGAAUAACACAGAAACCUUAACUGUUUGGUUAGGUUUGAAAUUGUCCCAAUUGAUUGAGGUGAACUUAAAGAAUCAAGUCAUGACAACGAAUCUCUGGGUAAAACAGCGUUGGUUUGAUUAUAAAUUACGUUGGAACCCUGAAGAAUAUGGUGGAGUUGAACAACUUUAUGUACCAUCUGAGCACAUAUGGGUGCCUGAUAUUGUUUUAUACAACAACUGGGAUGGUAAUUAUGAGGUCACGUUGAUGACAAAGGCUACACUAAAAUAUACCGGUGAAGUAUUUUGGGAACCACCCGCAAUUUACAAAUCAUCUUGCGAAAUGAAUGUCGAGUAUUUCCCAUAUGAUGAACAGAUAUGCUUCAUGAAAUUUGGUUCAUGGACUUAUAAUGGCGCACAGGUGGAUUUGAAGCAUUUGGAUCAGGUUCCUGGCAGUAAUCUAGUGCAAAUUGGAAUUGAUUUAAGCGAAUUUUAUUUAUCAGUCGAAUGGGAUAUCCUUGAAGUUCCUGCUACUAAAAAUGAAGAAUAUUACCCCGAUACAUUGGAACCAUUUUCAGAUAUAACUUUCAAGCUAACAAUGCGUCGUAAAACACUUUUUUACACUGUCAACUUAAUAGUACCGUGUGUUGCUCUAACGUUCCUUACAGUGUUGGUGUUUUAUUUGCCUAGCGAUUCCGGCGAGAAGGUAAGUUCGUUCCGUAUGUGCUGGAAUAAGAGUGUGGCAUUACUGUUUCCUGUCAGAAUUUAUUGCAUGUCGCUGCUCUAAUGUUCGUUCUUUGUAUUUUAUUGUGUUCUGUUAUGUUAUUUUGACUAUCUUCUUGCUAUAAACUAGAAAUUAAUUUCAAUCCUUCAAUUUUCCUUAUAGAAUUUUUUUUUUAAUU